AUGUCGAAGCUUAUCAGCGAAGAAGAGGUACACACCCGUGUGAUGGCAAUGCGGGAACGCGUAAGGAAGCGUGGCCCUGAGGAACGGGAAUUUCUACAGGCGUUCGACGAGGUUGUGGAGUCGUUGAUGCCCGUUUUCAAGCAGGAUGUGCGAUACAUCGAAGUGCUCGAACACAUCGCAGAACCCGAACGAAUCAUUGUUUUCCGAGUUCCUUGGACGAAGGAUACGGGGCAAAAGGUAUAUAACCGAGGAUUCCGUGUCCAAUUUAGCUCCGUUCUUGGUCCCUACAAGGGUGGAAUCCGUUUCCAUCCCUCCGUCAACCUGAGCGUCCUGAAAUUCUUAGGAUUCGAGCAAAUAUUCAAGAACAGUCUGACGACAUUCAACUUAGGAGGCGGUAAGGGUGGAUCUGACUUCGAUCCCAGCGGAAAGUCGGAGAAUGAGAUCCGCGCAUUCUGUCAGUCGUUUAUGACCGAACUCCAGAGGCAUAUCGGCCCCAACACUGACGUACCGGCGGGGGACAUUGGAGUUGGAGGACGUGAGAUAGGGUACAUGUUCGGACAAUACCGCAGGUUGCGGAAUACGUUCGAUGGCGCGCUGACUGGGAAGGGGUACGAAUGGGGAGGCUCCAACAUCAGGCCUGAAGCAACAGGAUAUGGAGCUGUGUACUUUGCCACCGCCGUGUUGGAGGACAGAUUCGGAAUGAGCAUCGCCGGCAAGCGAUGCAUCGUUAGCGGCAGCGGCAACGUUGCGCAGUAUACCGCCGAGAAACUGAUAGAUCUCGGUGCAAUAGUCCUUACCCUCAGCGACUCCAGCGGGUAUUUGUACGAACCAGAGGGGUUCUCAAAGGAGCAGCUGCAAGUGAUCAUGGAACUGAAGAACCCAUCCCGCAAGCGACUGAGCGAGUAUCUGCAGUUCUCCAAAACUGCAUCCUUCCACCCCAACGAAAAGCCGUGGGGAGUGCCAGCGGAAAUCGCCUUCCCCUGUGCCAUGGAAAACGAAAUCGUCGUUGAGGACGCACUUCGUCUGGUCGACGGCAACGUGAAACUCGUUGUGGAGGGCGCCAACAUGCCGACGCACAACGAUGCUGUAAAGCUACUAAAGGAGCGCGGAAUCGUUGUAUGCCCGGGAAAAGCAGCGAAUGCAGGCGGCGUUUUAGUCAGCGGACUUGAGAUGUCGCAAAACAGUCAGCGUGUUAGAUGGACACGCGAAGAAGUUGACACUCAAUUACGCAACACUAUGCACAAAAUAUAUGCCCAGUGCAAGACUGCAUGUACACAAUACAAUGUCGAAAACGACAUCGUGGCAGGGGCCAAUAUUGCAGGGUUCCUCAGGGUCGCGAACGCCUUCAUUGAGCAGGGUUACAAUUAA